AUGGCGGAAAAUCACAGUCAGGCUUUACAUAUCCCGUCAAACCCACCACCUCGUCAGCCUCAAUUUCCGACCAUUUGUUGUAUCGCGGCGUCGCGGCCCGGUUUCUGUUCCAUCAGUCUGUUGCCCGGGACUCGAGCCCUCCGGGCCGACUCAAACCGGCCUGUAGGAAAGGGUGAGAUCACCUCUUUACGACCAGACUCAUGGCCGUCGGAAGGUCGGAGAUGGCUGGUCGACGUACCGAAAUGCCAAUCACAACUUCCUGUUGGCGUUGCUGGUGUUGCUGUUGCCCAUGGCGUAAUCUGCUGUUGUUACCGUAACAAGGCAGAACGAAUGUAUGGAAGCCUUAUCGAGACGUUGGCCCCCAAUCUGGCCAAGUAA